AUGGCGUUCUCUGAUGCGAGGAAGGAGCUGGACUGUUCCAUCUGUCUGAACAUUUAUACCAAUCCUGUGACACUGAGAUGUGGACACAACUUCUGCCGGGACUGUAUAGAAGAUGUUCUGGAUACACAGGAGGGGUCCGGAGUUUAUUGCUGUCCUGAAUGCAGAGAAGAGUUCCAGGAACGGCCUGAAUUUAGAAGGAACAGAACAGUGUGCAACAUGGAGAGUUUCCGAUCUACGGAGCCAGAGAAGAAGGAGAGCCAGAUCUUCUGUACGCAAUGUAUUCACUCUCCUGUACCCGCUGUUAAAUCUUGUCUGCUGUGUGAAGCCUCUCUGUGUGACGACCAUCUGAGAGUCCACAGCAAGCUGCAUGGAGACCAUCAGGAACACCAGGUGGAGGCUCUGGAGGAGGCCUCUCAGAAGAGGAAGGAGAACCUGACCAAUGCUCUGCAGGAGUUGGUGAAAAAGAGAGAGGAGAUGGAGGAAAGCAUCAAGAGUCUGCAGAAGUACAAGAGAAAAGUACAAGACAGUGCAGACGGUGUAACCAAGAGAGUCACCGCCCUAUUCAGAGACAUCAGGAGACAACUGGACAUCCUGGAGAGGAGAGUUCUUAAAGAGAUAACUAUGAAGGCAGAGAGAGUCUCAUUCCCAGCCUCUGAUUUAAUUCAGGAUCUGGAGAUAAAGAAGGACGAUCUGUCCAGGAAGAUUCGUCACAUCGAGGAGAUAUGUAACAUGACGGACCCACUGACUUUCCUACAGGAAUCAGACACAGGAUUAUCUGAUAUAAUAACAGGGGUCUGUGGAGCGAUUAUACUGGAACCUGCUGAUAUAUUACUGGAUGCAGACACGGCUCAUAAUUACCUAAAUAUCCCAGAUGAUAGGAAGACCGCACAAAGGAUAAAAAAAAUGUUGAACCGUCCUAAUACACAAGAGAGAUUUAGGGUCUACCGAGUACAGAUUGGUACUGUUUUAAAUUCUAAUCUAGACAGGAAUGGUACACUGAACCGGGAAGUGAUGUCUGUUCCUGUUUUUGGCAGUAUGUCUGACAGUGGGUUUGGCUUUGCGUUUCACUCUGUUUCUACUUCUGGUUCUAGUUCAGGUGGAACUGUUCCACAAUACAGCAACGUGAUAUCUCCUCAGGUGAUGAGCAGUCAGAGUUUCUCCUCAGGGAGACAUUACUGGGAUGUGGAUGUUGGAGGAUCAUCACACUGGAGAGUCGGGAUGUGUUACCCCAGUAUAGCCAGGACAGGAGAAGCAUCAGAGAUUGGAUGUAGUGAGAAGUCCUGGUGUCUGGAGAGGAACGGUGAUACAUUUUUAGUAAAACAUAACAAUAAAUCAACCAAUAUAUUGGCCAACAUCCCAAUACACAGAGUCAGGGUGUGUCUGGAUUAUAAGGCGGGGCGUCUCUCUUUUUACAAGUUGGAUAUUCCGAUCCGACUCCUUCACACCUUGACUGACCUCUUCACUGAGCCCCUCCAUGCUGCAUUAUAUGUAGGUGGAGGUUAUAUAAAGUUAGGUGGGUGGGAACGGGACAUGUGA